GGACCAGACACAUGGUGGGUGUACUACCCAUCAGCUUCUGGUGGCAACCAAUCUCCUAUAGACAUCCAGACCGAAGAUGUACACACCAAUCACGAACUAACAGCCCAUCCCUUGCAAAUCAACUACCAAACUUCCGGCGCAGGAAAUAAAGAUGGCGGAACUUCCGGUGGAACCGCCGGAAGUGGCAGUUCAUCAAGUAUAACGGGCGGGCCGUUGAAAGAGUACAACUACGUUCUCAGUAGGAUAGAGCUGCACUGGGGUGAAAGCGACAACAACGGCUCGGAACAUUUGGUCAACAGCAGGCCUUUCUCUGCUGAGGUCCAACUGAUACAUUGGAAUGAAGACUUGUAUGAUUCAUACGAUGAGGCCUGCAAGCGAGAUGAUGGGAUUGCCAUCAUUGCUGUCUUUGCGAAAUUAUCAGACAAUGAAGGCAACAAAACCUUACAAACUUGGUCGAAGAUCAUUGAAGAUGUUGAAUACAGAGGCAAGUGCAUGCAUGUCAAGGAAGAGUUUGAUGUCAAGGCGCUUCUCCCUGGUUUGUACUUUUACGACACUGCCAAAUACUGGUGCUACAGGGGUUCAUACACGACACCUCCAUGUUACGAGACGGUCACGUGGGUUGUUAUGUCUCAGACCAUCAACAUCACCAGCAAUAUCUUGAAACAAUUCCGAGGCUUGCGAUCGUACUACGACACGGACGUCAGACCGGACGACGAAUACGACGGCCUCAUACAGAAAAACUGCAGACCCGUGCAACCCUUGGGCACCCGGAAAAUA